AUGCGCGGGUCGAGGGCCCUUCUCCUGGCGGUGAGAAGGCUACCGGCGGUGAAAAAUCUACACACAAGCGCGGCCAUCUUCUGUGAGGGCCCGAUCGACCAAUUCUUCAACAGUGAAGCUCCUCGGCAUCCGCUCACUGGAAAGCUAGGCAGCUGCAAGGAUUGUGGCGGCCAACUACAUCCUGCCCCCAUGCUAGUGCCGAACAGCAAGUACUUGGUAUGCAUGGGCUGCAAGAAAAUCUACUCGAAUUCGGCAAGCAACGUAAAUCAAGAAAGGAUAGAAGUCAAGGAUCCUAUGAGGAAAGCAGCGCCGUAUCCCUCGCAGAUUGCCGAAUUCCUUGAUCGGUACGUUGUUGCUCAAGAAAAGGCCAAGAAGACUCUCUCUGUCGGCGUCUAUCAGCAUUAUCGGAGGCUUGAGCACAACAUCGAGAACGAUGCUUCGUCUGUUCUCUCGAUGAGCAUCGGUAAUCACAUGGUGGAGAAGGUGCCUCGCGGAGUGAUCAACCAGAAUAAUGACCCGCCGUUGGGAAGAGAGACUGGUUCAAUGGCCACCCUUCAGCCUUGGAGCCAGAACGGGCCUUUCUCACAACCUGCACAAGCCGUACCUGUUAGGCCGCCAACGUUCAGGGCGCUACCAGAGAAGGAUAACAAUAUUCGGCUCGAAAAAUCGAACAUCCUGUUGAUUGGGCCCUCUGGAGUCGGCAAGACGCAUGCAACCCAGACGUUAGCUCGAAUUCUGGACGUGCCCAUUGCUCUCUGCGACUGCACAUCGAUGACCCAGGCCGGGUACGUCGGUGACGAUGUCGAAUCGGUGAUUCAAAAGCUGGUAGCCGCGGCCGGCGGCGAUGUACAAAAAGCACAGACUGGUAUUGUGUUCCUGGAUGAAAUUGACAAGAUUGCCUCGGCUCACGAGAGCCCCUCUCACGCGUAUCGAGACGUUUCGGGCGAAGGCGUGCAGCAUGCCUUACUAAAGCUGGUCGAAGGCACGUUAGUGAAUGUGAAGAGCGGGAAGAAGGGUCUACCUGGCCAGCAGGAUACGGUUCAGGUGGACACUUCCGAUAUUCUCUUUGUCGCCUCGGGUGCCUUUUCGAAUUUGGACCGAAUUGUCGGAAGGAGGCUCGACAAAAAAUCGCUCGGAUUUGGCAGCGUAACCGGAGGGAUGCACAUCACCAAAGACGAUUUGGAAUCAGAAGCGGCCAGGAAGAGGGACGAGCUGCUUGGAAAAGCCGACCAAGGUGAUCUAAUCAAUUUCGGAAUCGUGCCGGAAUUGGUUGGUCGGUUCCCGGUGCUGGUCCCGUUCCAUUCCUUCAGCACCGAGAUGCUGAUUCGAGUGCUGGUCGAGCCACAAAAUUCGCUGAUCGCACAGUUGAAGCUUCAAUUUGGCAUGGAGGAUGUGGAAAUCAAUUUCUCGGACGAGGCCCUCCGGGAAGUCGCUAAAAUGGCCCUCGAAAGAAAGACUGGUGCUCGUGCUUUGCGGUCGAUCCUGGAGAAUGCGUUGCUGGACGCGAAGUUCGUGGUGCCGGGCAGUGAUAUCGAGUCGAUCUACAUUACUGCUGAAUGCAUCCGAGGAGAAGAGCCAUUCCAAUGUACGCGACGAUUCCAUCCGCAGCAGGCCGCCGCCCUC